GUUGUUGUCAAGUGAGUGAGCGCAGUAGUCUAUGUAUUGACACAGACGCAGUAGCGGUUUUGAGAAAGUAAAGCAGGAAAAGAGGCGCUUCCUCCUCCCUCAGAGCGCGUUCUUCAUGAACAUUUCCUGUCGAGUUUGUGACUCACGUCCAUCUCCGCGUUUCCUCUCAGAUGAGGGAGGAGAAUGAGGCUCGAGCCGAUAUAAGAGCAUCGAUCCGGGGUCAGACGCGAUGGAGCAUGUAAUGGAGCGUUUCGGUUCUGUCGGUUUUGGAUCGGUUCUUCUCGUGUAUCUGGUGUCUGGUGCAUCAGCUCUGCUUCACACAGCCAAUCCACACAGUGUGUGUAAGUCAUGUGACCCUCAGCCGGCGAGCUGCAAGUCGAGUCAGUGCAUCGCCAACUGCAGUGUAUCAAAGGUCUGCCCAAGUCCAGAUGACGUCUGCGCCGCCGUCUGGUGGAGGAAUAAUGGAGUUGUGACGGUGGAGACGAAGUGUCAUGACUCGACACAGCCGCUGAACGGCGUGAUGCUGGACAACUACAACAGCUCGGACUGUGUGCUGUCGGUCAGAAACAUGAACGCUCCUAGCCUCCGUCUGUGCGCCUGUACGGGACGAGAGUGCAACGAACGCAUGCUGCUGAACAAACCUGAUGACCAGAACGUUAAAUUGCCUACAUCAGAAACUAAUGGAGCGUUCAGACUCGCUCAGAUAUGUAGGUUCUGUGAUAUUGAAUCUACGGCGUGUAACGCUACCGGCGUCUGCGAAUCCUUGUGCAACCUCUCCUCCAUCUGCGAGAAUCCCGACGAGGUCUGCGUCAGCGCCUGGAGGAGAAAUAAAGGGAACCCCAUCAUCGAGACGGUGUGUCACAAUCCUGCGCGCCCGUUUCACGGUCAGUAUCUGACGGACUACAACAACACCGUCUGUCUGAUGAAGCAGGUGAAGGGGAUGGAGGACAAUUUCUACAUCUGCUCCUGCAAUGAGGAAGAGUGCAACGAUCGGCUCAUCUUCGCUGACGUGUCAGCUCCUCCAGGAGGCGUUAAGGUCAAUUUUCCGCCAGUGCUGUUGGUCAGUGUGGUUUCUGCAUUGAUCGCUGUCGUCGUUCUCAUCUCGUCCUUGUACUGCUAUCGCGUGCUUCGCCAGCAGAACCUCAAAGCGCCCAAAACCAAAGGCAUCGACAGUGAAACCUGUGCGAUUAUCAUGAGUGAUGACGACCGAUCCGACAGCAGCUCGGCCAACGCCAACAGCCUAAACCACAACACCGAGCUGCUGCCCAUCCAGCUGGACGUUAUAGUCGGGAAAGGCCGCUUCGCUGAAGUCCACAGAGCCAAACUCAAGCAGGGAGCGACAGACGAAUCCUUCCAGAUGGUAGCAGUCAAAAUAUUUCCCUACGAAGAGUACGCCUCGUGGAAAACCGAGUGGGAGAUUUUCUCCGACGCCGAGCUUCGGCACGAAAACGUGCUUCAUUUUCUGACUGCCGAGGACCGGAAGGCCGAGCGAUGCUAUUGGCUGAUAACAGCCUAUCACGAGCGAGGGAACCUGCAGGAGUUCCUGACGCAGCACAUGAUUGGCUGGGACGAGCUGUGCCGAUUGGGUGGGUCUCUGGCGAGGGGUGUGGCUCAUCUCCAUGCCGACCAGACGUCAUGCGGACGCGCUAAAGUGGCCAUCGUGCACCGCGACCUGAAGAGCGUGAAUGUCCUGGUGAAGUCGGACCUCAGCUGCUGCCUGUGUGACUUCGGUCUCAGUCUGAGACUCGAUAACUCCAUGUCUCCUGAAGAACUGGCCAACAGCGGACAGGUGGGAACGGCGAGAUAUAUGGCCCCUGAGGUGCUGGAGUCCAGGCUGGACCUGGAGAACAUCGAGUCCUUCAAACAGGCCGACGUUUACUCCAUGGCUCUGGUUCUGUGGGAAAUCACGUCCAGAUGCAACGCUAUCGGAGACUGUGCGGAAUACGAGCCUCCAUUCGGGAAGCUGAAGGAUCAUCUGUGUGUGGAGAGCAUGAAGGACGACGUCAUCAGAGACCGACUGAGACCCGAGAUACCGACCAGCUGGACUAACCACGCGGGCGUUCAUCUGCUGAGCUCCACUAUCGAGGAGUGCUGGGAUCACGACCCCGAGGCGCGUCUGACGGCGCAGUGCGUCGUGGAGCGAUUCGGUGAAAUCAGCAGCGCCGUGAUCUCGCCCGUCAGCGCCGACACCAAGAGCGAACAGGAUUCUGGGAACGAUGAGAAGGAGAUCUGAAUCGCAGACACCCGUCUUUCCAAUCAGCUGAUAAAGGCCGUUUAAGACAGACAUGUGACAUUCGCACUUUACAGGAUCAACUAAGCACGCCAAACACACGCAUGCGUACAGCACAGGUGAUGUUUAUUUAGCUAUGAACUCAUAUUCCAUAUCCAGAGCGCGUGUAUGAUGCCAGUCGCUCCUUAGCAAUCAUUAUAAGCUUCAGGGAAAAUCUGCUUCGCUGACGUGAAACAGUCAAACACAGAUGAACAAGAGUACUGAUGCAAAGGAUUCUGGGACAUGUGAACUCACACCAAGAAAAUCCAAGAGACCCUUGUGAACUUGCAGUAUUAUAAAGCCACAAGAUGAUUAUGAGCGAAAAGUUGAUUUAAGUGUUUAUUAAAGAAAAAUAUAUAAAAUAACUAGUGCUGUCAAACAAUUAAUUGCAAUUAAUCGCAUCCAAAAUAAAUGUUUUUGUUUACAUAAUGUGUGUGUAUAUUGUGUAUAUUUUGUGUAUAUAUAAAUACAAACACAUGCAUGUAUAUAUUUAAGAAAAAAAUUAUGUUUAUAUAUUAAAUAUAUUUAUAUAUAAGAAUAUAAAUGUAUAUAAAUGUAAAUAUUUUCAAAAUAUAUACUGUAUGUGUGUGUAUUUAUAUAUACAUAAUAAAUAUACACAGGACACACACACACAUAUGUAUUAUGUAAACAAAAACUUUUAUUUUGGAUGCGAUUAAUCGUUUGACAGCACUAAAAAUUACCAAAGAGAACUGUGAGCCAAAGAUGAUCAGGAUUCUAGAGAUGAAAUAUGAAAUCGCUGUAUUUGAGACUCUCGGGUGAAGCUGUUUGUUUAUUAAUGUGAAAAUCUAAACUUCUUUUACACAUGUGCCUUACAGAGCAGAGAUUCAUUCAGAUCAAUGUUGAUGAUCGGUUCAUGAGGAUCUGAUCCUUCAGCAGAUGAAAUAUCAACAUUCAGGUUCAGCAUCUGAAAGCAACAGUUAUAAAAGCAGAGAAAAUGAGCACUUUUGCAUAUAUGCAUAUAUAAUCAUUGUGUAUAUUUGUUUAAAAACUUUAUAAAACAUCAUAAAAUCA